AAGUAAUCCUAUACAGUGUACCCUUCUACUCCUGACUCACUUGUGGCUAGGGCAUAUUUUCCACAUUAUCAUUAGCUUACUUCACGUCUAAACUCAUCAAUGAGGGUGUGGUACAUACUUUGCACUUCACAGACUCAUCCCACACUCAUACACGCUUCUGAAAUGUGUCUUCUUCAUCUGUUGUUUUCAGCACAGAACUUCCUGAAGAUUAAAUAAAAAUAAAGCCUCUGGAGACACGAGAGAAUAAAGCAGCCUGUGGAGAACUUGAAACUGACUGAACAAGAUGCUGCUGAAGGGCCUUCUCAUUUUUCCUCCCAUUCUUUGCCUCUUGGCAUCAUAUGCUGCAGCAGGGCCAACAUACCUGCUUUCCACUCCUUUAGAUAUCCGUCCUGGAUCAAAUUUUAUUAUAGGAAUUGAUAUAUUAGACGAUUGCCCACCUUUAGUAAAAGUUGAAGCUGAAAUUCAAAAAGAUAAUAUUACUGUACUUGAAGGAGAAGGAAUAUUUCAAAGAGGAGUCGUUGGAACAUUGGUUCUUCCAAAACUUCCACUAAAUAGUUUUUAUGGGACAUAUGAACUUCAUGUCAGAGGAUUUUAUGAGGAUAAACAAAUAUUUUUCAAUACAACUAAAUUAGAUUUUAGAUCCAAAAGCUAUUCAGUUUUUAUUGAAACAAACAGCAACUUUUAUAAGCCAGGGCAAGAAGUAAAAAUACAAAUUUUGGUCUUCUCUCCUGAUCUGAAGCCUUACAUGUCUACCAUUGAUAUACACAUUAUGGACCCACGUGGAAACUUACUUGAGCAGUGGAUGGAAGAGGAAGCUGAAUUAGGAGUUGCAUUAAAGAGUUUUCAGUUAAGUGACAACCCGCCACUUGGAGAUUGGUCAAUAAAAGUAAAAUUACAAAAUCAACCUUAUUAUCAAACAUUUACUGUAACCCAGUAUGUUUUGCCCAAGUUUGAAGUUCUCCUGUCCACUCCCUCAUAUCAGUCAAUAAAAAGUGGGUCAUUAGAAGGAACAGUUACAGCCAAGUAUACCUAUGGCAUGUCUGUGAAAGGAAAGCUAAAUAUUACCUUAUCAUAUUCAACAAUUUCCCAUAAAAGAAAUGUCACCAAAACCUUUGAGAUAAAUGGCAAUUCGAAAUUUAGUUUUAGUAAUACAGAGCUGAGAAAUUUUCUGCGAUAUGGAGAAACAUCAUCUGAUGCCAGAACUUCAACUUUUGCUGGUCCAUUGGAUGUGAUUGCCAAAGUCACAGAGGAGCUGACAGGUAUUUCACAGAACCAAACUUCCAGCAUAUAUGUUAUUGAUAAAGAUUACUACAGUGAAUUUUACAACUAUCCCACAGUUCUCAAACCAAUGCUUAACUUCACUACAUAUCUUAAAAUUAAGAGAUACGAUGGAAGAAACCUGACUGCAGAUGAUAGAAUGAAUGAUGUUUCUGUAACAAUAACUCAGUCAAAAAUGUUUUUCACUGAAGGGACUUUUACAAAAAUGUCCCCAGAAGAAGAAGGUAAUAUUGAAAUUCAACAGGUUAUAACUUACAAUCUUCCUGAAAAUGGAAUACUUCACAUUGAAGUGCCUAUAAAUGCUGACACAGUUCAUUUUAAGAUCAAGGCUGUAUUUCUGGACAGUGUGAAUUCAAUUGAUGUUGAUGAUUUAUUUAAUUCACCAAAUAAAGUAUAUCUGCAGGCCCAAAAUGAAUACCAUGAUGUAAAGGUCGGCAUUCCAUUUAAUCUGGAUGUACAGAGCAACAUUCAUUUGGAUGAAAUAAAAUAUCUGGUCAUUUCCCGAGGUCAAAUAGUACAUGUCGGUAAGGAGAAUGCUAUGUCACUAACAUUAAAUCCUCAAAGCUCAUGGACUCCGGAGGCAUGUUUAGUUGUUUAUACAACGUUGGGUGACGGGACGGUCGUUAAUGAUGUUACCACUCUCUCUGUUCAUCCCAACUUUGAAAAUAAGAUUUUUGUUUCUUGGAACAAGGAAAAAGCCAGCCCAUCAGACAGUGUAUCACUAAAGAUCAACGUUACUGAGUCUAAUUCAUUGGUUGGGCUUUCAGUUGUGGACAAAAGCGUAAAGUUACUUGGGGACAGACAAGAAAUUACUACAAAACGUAUAUCAGAAGAUUUGAGAGAUUAUAGCACCAUUCAUCCAAGACGUAUCACUAAUCCUCACCAAGUCUUUGAGAGAUGCAAUAUUGGUGUACUCACUGAUGCCAUCCUUGAAACGGAAGAUGCAUAUGAUGUAUUGGUUAAAGAAAAUUAUGUUUCAGAGGACUUUCUGCCAACAUGGCAUUCUGAGUUUGGUGGACCACGUGUCAGAUCUUAUUUUCCUGAGGCAUGGAUCUGGAAGAAUAUUAAUAUGGGAAGUGAUACAGAACUGGAGAUAAGUACUGUCCUCCCCGAUACCAUCACUACUUGGAUAACAAAUGCAUUUGUAAUUUCUGAAAAUUUGGGGUUUGGAAUUUUAGAGUCUCCUGUGCAGCUGGAAUCCUUUCAGCCAUUUUUUGUUUCCCUGAAUCUUCCCAGUUAUGUCACCAGAGGAGAACAAUUUGUUUUGGAAGCUGUUGUCUUCAACUAUUUGGAAGAAGAUACUGAGGUUUCUGUGACCCUUGAACAAAGUGAUGCAUAUGAAAUCAACAUAGAAUUUAUAAAUGCAACUGGAAGCCAACAAACCGUAUCUGUCCCAAGUCGAGAAGGAAAAAUGAUUUUCUUUCCAAUUAGACCGAUUCAGCUGGGCGAGAUUCCAAUUACGGUGAAAGCCAUAUCCUCCCUUGCUUCAGAUGCAGUGAUUCAAAGGCUCCUCGUCAAGGCUGAAGGAAUAGAACACUCAUAUUCACAAACUUUACUUUUGGAACUGAUGAACAAUAAACCACAAAAUGUCUCUAAAGCUUUGAACUUUACAUUCCCUCCUGAUGUAGUAAGUGGCAGUGAAAAGGCAUUUAUCACUGUUGUUGGUGAUGUUCUAGGACCUUCAGCCAGCAGUCUGCAGUCACUAAUUCAACUUCCCUGUGGUUGUGGUGAACAGAACAUGAUCAGAUUUGCUCCUAUCAUUUUUAUAAUGGAAUAUAUAACAAAUACAAGGCAGACAAAUGACCAUGCUCCCAAACUGAUUUCAUAUAUGAAAGAAGGAUACCAGAGAGAACUUGUCUAUCAAAGAGAAGAUGGAUCUUUUAGUGCAUUUGGAAAUGACGACCCUUCUGGAAGCACAUGGUUAUCUGCAUUUGUCUUACGAUGCUUUUUAAAAGCUCGUCAAUUUAUUUUAGUUGAUCCUGUAGUACUACAUGAUACACUGACAUGGCUACUGAAGCAUCAGAAAAAAAAUGGAGAAUUUUGGGAACCUGGAAGAGUAAUAAAUACUCAGCUUCAAGGAGGUCAAUACAGCCCAGUUACGUUAACUGCAUAUAUAAUGGCAGCUCUUAUUGAAUACCCUGGGCUCCUGAAUUCUACUCAAAUGACAGCUGCUGCAAGUUACAUGGAGUCUCAACUGUAUGAAGUCAUUUCUGAUAACUACACCCUAAGUCUUGUGACAUAUGCAUUAUCACUGGUUGGAAGAAACAAAGCUAAAGAAGGACUAGACAUUCUUAACAAUCGAGCAGAGAGUGAAGGUGAUUUACGGUUUUGGAAAUCUGAUAUCCAAACAGCUUCUGGAUGGUGGCAGCCAAGCUCUAAAGAUAUAGAAAUAGCCUCUUAUAUUCUAAUGUCCCAUGUGAUUCAAAAUCGUGUUUCUGAGGGGAUAGCAGUAAUGAAUUGGUUAAGCCAGCAGAGGAACUCCCUAGGAGGGUUCUCUUCCACUCAGGAUACCAUAGUAGCUUUGCAAGCAAUGUCACUGUUUGCAUCUAGGCACUCCGUAAGUAAACCAGACUUAUUCAUAUCAGUGGAGGGAGAUCAGAUGGCUUCUACAAGUUUUUCAGUCAAUUCAGGAAACCGCAUGUUACUUCAAACAAAACCGAUAACUGCUGGAAAAAAUAUCAAACUUACCAUUAAUGCAAAGGGUAUUGGCUUUGCUUUGUUGCAGCUUCAUGUCAUAUAUAACACACACCUCGUUUCUUCAAGGACUCGUAGAUCCACAGAUAUUAAAGAUCCUUUUAGUUUAGGAAUCAUAGUACACGAUGACAAAGAAAACAUUAAUACUGUAACACUGAAUGUAUGCACAAGCUACCUUGAAACAGAGACCUCAGCUCAAACUGGAAUGGCUGUUAUGCAAGUGGAUUUGCUUAGUGGCUUCAAACUAGCUUCAGAAGGUGUAUCACUGAGAUAUCCCAUUAAGAAAAUAGAAGAAACUAUGGAUGGCAAAGUCAAUAUUUAUUUUGAUAAUAUUAAUAAAACAGAAGUGUGCGUGGGUAUACCCGCUACCCGUAAUUCAAAGGUUGGCUACACUCAGGAUGCUUUUGUUUCUGUUAUUGAUUACUAUGAGCCAGGGAGAAGAACAGUAAAGAGCUACAAUUCAGAGGUGAUGCAAAAUCUAUCCCCAUGUACAUUCUGCAAAGAUGACUGCAAAUCAUGUAAAAAUAAUAGUCACAGUUUCCACCUAUCAACAGCCACAUUUCUUUCAACACUGAUUCUGAUGUUAUAUUUUUUACUCCUCUAAAGAAAUCUGAAGGACAUUAUGUUUUGCAAUCUACAGGUGUUGACUUUAUAUCAAGUCUUGGAAUUUUUCACCUUGUAUUACAGGGUAGUUCUGUGUGAAUCAAUUGACAAAGCCGAUUAACUGUCAAAAUCUGCAAAUUAUUGAAUUAAUCUGAAUGAUAUGCACACAGCUUAGUCCAAUCUGUGGAAAAAUCGUACAAUUAUACAAUCAUGAGGUUUGGUGUGAAUUACAUGUGUCUCUGCAGACUAAACAGGUCAGCAUGUAAAUUAUACAGGUGAAUAAAAAAAUUUCCCAACACAAUGUUUACCUCUUAGAAGCCAAAUUAAAAGUACUGGUGAGGUAAACUAUACCAACUAAACAAAGAUUUCACUCUCAAGUCCUUUCUUAAGCUUAAACAGUUUUACAUUUUAUAUAUUGAAUAAAUUAUUAUUGGAUUUAUGUUAUUACAAACUAUAUAAUGCAGCAGGCGCAGCUAAGAGUCAUCCAAGAGCCACAUAUGGUACUAUGUGCCACUAACUCAGGAUAAAAAAAAAAAAACUGAGGGCAAAAAAAUACAACCUUUUUACAAUAUUCUCAAGAGCAUGAUGUGUUUUUUUUUUCCUUUACUUGCAUAAAAAAAAAUUGUAAAAAAAAA